AUGGCCCCUAUUUCAGGCUCUGACAACUCCUUCUCUCCUCGGGAAACCAAACCGUAUGAGGUCAAUAUGGAGAAGGAGAUGUUCAUUGCCAAGUUUCUACUUGGGUUUUUUGCCGUCGUGGUCGGCACAAUCGUUGCGUACUGUUUGUGGCUUGAUAUAAAGCCCAAGUACAAGGAAAUCUGGAAGCCCAAGCUUAAGCGCAGGCUCCAGGACUACGAGGAGAAGUAUGAGGAGUGCAAGAAGAAGCUUGGUGCCUGGCAUGGUCCCAAAGAACCAGCUGUGCCGGCACCAGCCCACGUGGUUGAUCGUGAUGCUCCUCAGGUAUCGGAGGCCGAUAGGAUCACCACUAAUAUGACUCCGGAGUACCUGAAGAAGACGACUGCGGUCAUGUUCCCCGCUGUAUAG